UUUUCUUGUGUUUUCAGGUUUCUGCUGCUCUGGAGUGCGGUGCUUAUCAUGUACCCUACCAGCCUGGCCGUCAUUGCGCUGACCUUCUCAAACUACGUCCUGCAGCCCGUCUUCCCUAAUUGCACCCCCCCCUAUAAUGCCUCCAGGAUCCUCUCCAUGGUGUGUUUACUCCUCCUGACCUGGGUGAACAGCUCCAGCGUUCGAUGGGCAACGCGCAUUCAGGAUAUAUUUACAGCAGGAAAACUCUUAGCCCUGGCCCUUAUCAUUAUUGUGGGCUUCAUACAGAUCUUUAAAGGAAACUAUGAAGAGCUGACCCUAAGCAACGCAUUCAAUUUUUGGAUGACUCCGUCGGUGGGGCAUUUAGCGUUAGCUUUUCUUCAAGGGUCGUUUGCAUUCAGCGGCUGGAACUUCUUGAACUAUGUAACGGAAGAACUGGUUGAUCCCCGCAGGUUAUGUUUCUCCGGUGCCCGAGAAGGCCAUUUGCCGAGUCUGCUUGCCAUGAUCCACGUCGAGCACUGCACGCCCAUCCCCGCCCUGCUCGUCUGUUGUUUGGCCACUCUUAUCAUCAUGCUCGUUGGAGACACAUACACACUCAUCAACUACGUGUCGUUUAUUAACUACCUCUGCUACGGAGUGACAAUUAUAGGCCUGAUCGUGUUACGCUGGAAGAAACCCAAAAUCUUCAGACCUAUUAAGGUGAACCUCCUCGUCCCCAUCACCUACCUGGCGUUUUGGGCAUUUCUGCUAAUCUUCAGCUUGUACUCCGAGCCGGUCGUCUGUGGAGUUGGACUCAUUAUCAUUUUAACCGGAGUGCCAGUGUUUUUUCUGGGAGUCUACUGGAGAAAUAAACCAAAGUGUGUAAAUAGGGGAAUAG